UUGCCUCGGAAUACUGAGAAUGUGAGAGACUAAAUAAAAAGGUGGCUUGCAUGACUAUUAUUUACAUAAGAAACUCUUCAUUUCCCCUUUUCACAAUUUGCAUGAACAGUUUUGUGCAUACUUCUUAGUUUCCGGUCUCCUACUCUUUGAGUCUAAGAAUUUGCAGCAGAGAAGAACUUUGAAGUUAUGGCGAACUACAUCCCUCCGCACAAGAGACAGUUGAAGGAUGGUGCCAAGGCCCUCGAGGGGUCAUCACCCAAUUCACGAUCACUUGUUCAUAAGUUUCAGCAAAAUCUGAACCUGUCAGGAAGUUAUAAAUCUGAGUCACGUAAGUCACAGAGGGCUAUGACGAGAGGUAAGGUUGCUUCAUUAGGUGGAAGGUAUGCUUAUAAUGCUAAGAGUUGCCAUUCUAGAUUGUGCAUCUUUGAUUCUACCGAAGAAGAAGAGCAUCAGUACCCUGGUGCAAUUAGACUGGAGCACAUUACAUCCAAAUCCAGUUUAUAUAAAGAACCCGGAAGUCACGGAAGUAUCCCAUAUGUUCUAGUUUCUUCCCGUAAAAAAACAGGAACGAAUGAGCUAAACAAGAACAGCUCCAUAGAGAAUCCUUUGAUAUCUGUGGCUGAGCAGAUAUUUCCCAACCUUCUUGCUUUUCAAAAUGAGAGGGUCGAAGGGAGUUCCCAAGAGUUUGAGGAAGGAAAGAUAAGUUUUGUGGCUCGAUUUGGCAAAAUUUUGUUUCAUACGAUAAGUUUCCUACCUUGAUUCUUUGGCCAUGAAUUAAUGACUUACAUAAUGUUCAUGUGACAGAUUUUUUUGGAAAAUUCAAGUUAUUUAUGGCUUAAAUAUUCGGUAGCUUUUAAUUCGAGGAAAUCAACUGAACAUAUCAGUUGUUUUGCUUCUAACUGCCCUUUCUUGUAUGUAACAAUGACGAUCGAUGAAGGAAACCUUGGUUCAAUGUGGAUACACUUCGAGACAGAUCAGAAUACGAAGCUUCUUUCGGUCAAAUGAGAAGAAUAUUAGUACAAGUGUUCCUAAGUCGUUUACAGAUUCAGUGCUUAACGCGGUUUUUACUGAAAUUGGAGUUGAUUUGGAAGAAGAAAAAGAGUAUUACUAUGUCAGGGUUGCUGAUAAAUCCUGUCCAGAUGUAUCUCUUUCUUGCAAGUGCACUGCAACUGGAGUUGGUGGACUCGAGCUUCGAAAGGCAAG